CGGGUGCGCUCAAUCAAAACACGAAAGCGAUGUUUUGUACACGUAAAGCUCAUAUGCUAGGGACACGUCAUUAGCUGAUUAGAAUAAGACGGAGAAACCGAAAUCUUAUUUAUUCCCGCUGAAAACAUUCAGCGAGGAUAGACGUGGAGUUUGACAACAUCAAUGUUUGCCAAGUGGCUGAAAUUGCCAGUGGCUGAUUGCAGCGGUGAACGUCAAGUGAGCGGAUGGUGCACGAAGCUUGUGCUUUUUGCAGGUCCAGAUGUUCCUGAUGAUUUCUAACAGAGGCGUAUUGCAAUGUUAAGACAGGCAACACUCUGUCGUAGUCUUCUAGUCACUGCCAUCUCUUUGGCUCUAGCUCAUGGGGCAACCAGUGCUGAGAACCAGGCAUCUAGCACGCAGCAGCAGGCUGUAGGUGUUGACGGUGGCCCUAAAGCGACUGUCUAUGUGGAAGGGGCCAGAGUGGCAGCGUACAAUACCUGUAGUGAGAAGACAGCUUCAAACCACAACCGCAGGGAUUUGAUGCUUGUAAGCACUCUGGAUGGCAAAGUCUCUGCUCUGGACCUACACAAUGCUGGAUCAGUCCAAUGGACGCUGGAUACCGACAUCGGUCCGCUCAUGGAUGCCUCCAUCAGUGAUUUUGAGGUCAUCGGGCCGGACGGCAACUACAAGGUGAUCCCUUCCCUGGACGGAGGUUUGUUCCGCUGGGACGGCCAGAGCGUGGAGCCGGUACCCCUCAGCGCCGACAUGCUGCUGAGCUCCUCCUUCAAGCUGAGUGACGACGCUGUGAUGGUGGGGGGCAAAGAGACCAGCACCUAUGGCAUCAACGCUGGGACUGGACAGAUUGUUUACAUCUGUGGCGUGAGCGGCUGCCACAUGUUUGAAGAGCACGAGAGCACCGACAAGGAUGACAUCAUCGUUAUUGAGAGAGUACAGAGGACCUGUCGAGCCGUGGAACAGCGCACUGGGGCAGAAAAGUGGAAUUUUAGCGUAGGCCAGCACGAAGUCUCCUACCUGCCCGGUUCCCAUGAGGACGAGGACCUCAGUUCCUAUGAUGAUGACUACGACGACGAUUAUCACCAGGCAACCGUCUGCGUUGAGGAGACGGAGGAGGAACGCGCCGCCAGGCGAGACCUGAUGCACCCGGUCUUCAAGGUCUUCAUCUCGCCGGGAACCGUGCUGGCAUAUAGCGAGAAUGACCCGGGGCGGUUGCUAUGGAAACAGGAGUUUUCAACAGCCAUUGCAGCCGCCUGGACCAUCAAGGAAGGAAAACUAGAUCAGAUUGAUCUUUUUGAUGUCAAAAACAUUCCCCUGCUCGGAAACGAUGGAAAGGAGCAGCCAAGCGCUCGGUUACAACCAGCCCUGUACAUGGGUGAGUACAACACGCAGGCAUAUGUGCACCCCUCCAAGGAACUGCAGCAGACUGUCAGUGACAUGACCGCAGCAGCAACAGCAGCAGCAGCAGCUGCAGGCCGUGGUACAAAGGAUUACGUCCCCGGCUUUCCCGCGCCCAAAGUGCAGUGGCGGCCCUACAUGUCAACGGCGCCCUCCAGGACGCCCAUCGUGGCCAACGAUCAGAGCAGAGGGCGACAUUGGGCAUCGGACAGCAGUGCCAUUACCGUGUGGUCCCAGUACCCAUUUGAUGUUGGCUAUUACGUGCUGCAACAGACUUCAGCCCACUAUCAAGUUAUGGGUCCUAAGAGAGAUCCAGGCUACAUAGACUCCAACGACAGUGGGUCGUCGGACCAGCACGACGGUCUGGAUAUAUUACUUUCUGCAUCGGCCACAUUCUGGUGGAAAGAAAUACUUGCCCUGAGUCUCGUUCUGGCCCUGGGUAUGCAGUUCCUGUGUCACAUGCUGAGGUCUGGCGCUACGUUGGACCGGGUCAACAGCCUCAGUCUCGCUGGCUCCGUCAGCAUGCAGGAGUCUGUCACAGAGGACACCGGUGGAAGUGCCGAGAACCAGCCAAAGGAAUAUAAGUCGAGAUAUUUGACUGACUUUGAGCAUCAGCGGUGCCUUGGGAAAGGCGGCUUUGGCAUUGUGUUUGAAGCCAAGAACGUGGUGGAUGAGAACAGCUAUGCUAUCAAAAGGAUCUGUCUUCCAAACAGAACUAAAGCACGUGACAAGGUCCUCCGCGAGGCCAGGGCCUUGGCCAGGCUAGAUCACAGCAGCAUCGUCCGCUACUUCAACUCCUGGCUGGAGGAACCUCCGGCCGGAUGGCAGAAGAUUCAAGAUGAUCAGCUCCUGGGUGACAGUGUCAAUCCCAGCCACACCACUCUUCUAUCGCAGUCCACGACAGCCAACUUCAACAAGGACAGUCUGUUAGUCCGAGACAAGGAGCAGUUCAUGAGCCAGACCAGCUCCCACCUCAAUCUACCCCGAACCGGCCGAGUCGAAGACCCAGAGAGUGACGUUUUCGCCGACAGAGAUUCCGAAGACUUCUCAGUGGGCAAGGCUGACUAUCUCUCCAAUCUCCGCGACGAAAGCGGCUCGUUCAGUAUUGAGUUUUGCGAUGAGGGCGAUGGCAAUGACGACACUGAAGUCAGCCUGACACCAAGAGUUGAGGAAUCGGCUACGUUUGAUCUUAAGCCGAACAGCGAUUCUGAAGUCCUGACUCCAGUCAACGCUCUGCCCCACGUUUCUUUCGGAAGAUUUGCCCACAAGCCGCCGAGCCGCCAGCAAGCUAUUCAAGAGGAUUCUUUCCAAGUGAUAUUUGAGAACAGCACAACAGAAGACAGCACCGCAGCAAAAAUCGGCAACCGUGACUCACUCGGCUGUGAGGAUUCACCAAACUCCCCAUCAGAUCACAAUCAAAACUCGGAUUCUUUCUUAGUGGUUUUCCAAAGCGGCAACCCCGAACGCAGCACCCCCAAAACUGGCAAUAUGGACUCGGCCGGCCUCAAUGACUGUCCACCCCAACACCAGAGCUCCACAUCAGAUCUCGGCCACGAACUUCCAAGAAAAGACGCCUCAGGCAAACGCCCCAAGGAGGGCUCUGUAGGAGGUGCAGGCGACGCCCAGGGCUGCCACUCGGUGCCCAGGGUCUACCUGUACAUCCAGAUGCAGUUGUGCCAGAAGGAGACGCUCAAGGACUGGCUGGGGGCCAACACGCUGAGCAGGGAUCGGGUCAAGCAGCUUCACAUCUUCCAACAGAUCCUGGCCGCUGUGCAGUACGUGCACUCCUGCGGCAUGAUCCACAGGGACCUCAAGCCUUCCAACAUCUUCUUCUCGGCGGACGGGACUGUCAAAGUGGGUGAUUUCGGCCUGGUGACUGCCGUGGACACUCAGCUGGAGACCGGCGAGUCAUUGGACGAUGACCUAAGCAGCAUUGACCUCAGUAAGAAGCACACCAGCCAAGUCGGUACCCAGCUCUACAUGAGUCCUGAACAGCUGAGUGGAAAGACUUACGACCACAAAGUGGACAUCUUCUCUCUGGGUCUGAUCUUCUUUGAGUUGUUGCAUCCCUUCGGCACACAGAUGGAGCGCAUCAUGGUGAUGACAGGAUCACGACAGCAGAAGUUCCCUGACAGAUUUGCAAAGGAACUACCGUCGGAGACUGAGCUCAUAAAGAUGCUGCUGUCCAACAAUCCCGCCAACCGACCCGACGCCGAUGAGAUCACGGAGAAAGACACCUUCGCGCGCCUGUACAGGAACUUCGUUCCGCCUGCUGCCAACAGCAACAGAGGGCGCUAUUCUUCAAACUCCAGCAACUGAUUGCUUACUUUCACCAAACAAAACUUUUCAUCGAGAUGUGUUAAACUAAUUCUGAUUGAGCGCAUGCUAGUCAGAAUCAACUACUGGUCAAACUUGCUGUGAUGCCUUUGCAUUUAUUUUUUUCUUACUUUUUCACAGAUGAGUGAAUAUUUAAAAUACAGAAUAAUGAAGACACAGUACACAAGUUAUUUACUUUUUAAUUUGUUUUUUAAUUGUCUUUCCUCAUUCAAGUGUAAUAAAACUUAACAAGUAUGCGUGUCAUUCCUGCUGUUCAAGUUUUAUUUAGAUUUUGAAAAUAAACAUGAAUGUACCUUUUUCCAAAAACACAAAAACGUACCAUUUUACAAUUUUACUUUGCAUGCAUUUCGUUAGUUUGAUGUGUUCCCCUCUAUAUUUCAAGUAUAACUCUGCUUUGCCAUUAGUCUCGGCCUGAGACUCUAGUGAUUGACAGUGGCUCGUGCAUAGUGCGCCCUCUAGUGGCACAAUAAUUAGAUCAGCGCGCCUGCUCACACUAAGUUAAAAACAGUUGUGCGAGGGCCGAGGGCGCUCUACAACAAUAACUAAAAUCACUAUUGAUUACCGACGUCUUGAGCCAAGUCUACUUUGCCAUGAAAUUCAGACUCAGUUUUUUCCCCCUGAAAUCUUAAGAAUGAUAGUCAAACAGAUAAUGAUGUACAUAAGUCUUGGUUGUUUAUUACUUUUUAAAUUAUUUGUCAAAUCCUGUUUGAAUAAUGCAGUAAUUGACUUUUUUUCUCUCUUGCUUUCAGAUUUUUCUGUUUGCAAACAAUUAUGUGCAUGACUUUUGUUUUAAAUAGUUAAGUUUUCUUAUAAGAUUAACUAACGAGGCAACAAUUUAAGACACAAAACAGAACUUGAGGGCCACAACUUUGAAAGACAUCUAAAAAUGAAAGCGUACCGCGAUAUAUUUUUGUAUCUCUCUUCAGCUGACAAUUAAGAUUAAUGGUUAACAUUCCUGUGCAGUGUAACUUAUUAGUUGCCGCAGAAUUAGUUUUGAGCCAAGAUAAUAUAUAUAUGUAUGUUUACUACAAUAUAUGAUAUAUCUGUCAUUCUAAAGUUCAACAAAAAAAGUUGACUGGAGUUGGGUUUGAGCCUGCGACCACUGAAUUGCCGUUCCGGUGCUCUACCAAUGGAUCUAUCCAACCCUAUGUUGGCGGUUCCGCGUUACUUUUAAUAUUCAACUUUAAAAUAAUUAUAAUGCCCCUACUCUGUUCCCUUACAGUGGUUUAUUUGAAAAUCUAUAAUAUAUCUGUUUACAUAAACAAGGCUCAGUGGUGUCCGUAAAGUACUCGUAAUUAUUGUCACAAUUCUGAGAUACUGAUCAUACUGGAAAAUGUACACUCGUUGCCUAGGAUAGCGAGUUGCCUAAAAAGCUAUUGAUAUUCUUCCAAAUACCUUUGUACUAUGUACAGAGUAAACUUAUAUAUUUUAUAUGUUAAUAACGUGAAAUAUUACUUUAUCGCUGGCACUCUUAACAGUGCAAUGUAUAUUUUUUCCUUGUAAAUAAUUAAAGUUUUAAAUUAAAUCUCACAGAAGAAAAUAUUAAA